AUGUCGUCAGCAAGCGCCAACCAGCAGCACAAGAACCUCCUCGGCCAUCGCAUCGCCGACGGCCGCUUGGAGCUCGUUCAAGUGCUCGGCCUCGGUGCCUACGGCGUCGUCUACCUCGCCCGUGACUUGCACCACCACCAGGGCGCCUACGCCUCCACCUCUUCCCACGAAGCUUCCGCCUCACUCGCCGCCGCCAAACAGGGCCACACUUCCGGCUACUAUGCAGUCAAGUGCCUCAACAAGGUAGCCCUCGACGCCCGUCAGCGUGCCUUCCAGCGUCGCGAGAUCAUGCUCCACACCAUGGCGUCCAGCCACCCCAACGUCGUCACACUUCACCGCGUCAUCGACGACCCACAAGACCCUUGCGUCUACGUCGUCCUCGACUACUGCCCCGACGGCGACCUCUUUAGCAUGAUCACAGAAAACCAACGCUACAUGUUGCCCGCCUCGUCCUCACGUGUCGCCGAGGAGCAAGGCAUCGACGUUGCUUUCACUCAGGAUCGUCUCCAGAUGGACGCACUCAUCCGCGACGUCUUUGAUCAAAUCCUCGACGCCGUCGACUUCUGCCACCAGAUGGGCAUCUACCACCGCGAUCUCAAACCCGAGAACAUUCUCUGCCUGCGUGGAGGCGCCAAGGUGGUGCUCGCCGACUUUGGCCUCGCGACGGGUGACAAGACCAGCUCCGACUUUGGAUGCGGCAGCACCUUCUACAUGGGCCCCGAGUGCCAAGGUGGCAUCACCCGCCGUCUCACCAGCUACAGCACCGCCGCCAACGAUGUCUGGUCGCUCGGCGUCAUCCUCGUCAACCUCAUCUGCGGUCGCAACCCGUGGAAGCAGGCGUGCCCUGCCGACGACACCUUCCGCGAGUACCUGCGCAACCCCGACUUUCUCAAAGAGAUCCUGCCCAUUUCCGAGGAAGUCAACACCAUCCUCAAGAGCGUCUUCACCUUCCGCGCCGAGGCUCGUUGCUCUAUCGCCGAUCUCAGGAGAAUGGUCCGCAGCGUCGACAGACUCACCGCCACCUCCGCCGAGAUCAAGGCUCGCCAGCAGAUGGCCCGCCAGGCCGCAGCAGAAGCGCACGCUGCCCGCCAGGCCGAGAAGCAGGCCGCCGCUGUCGCCUACCGCGAGCAGCAGCGCAAGCAGCAGACCGCCCUCGAGGCCGCACGUGCUACCCAUGCUCAAGCCUACCUCCCUACCAAUGCCGCCCCCGCCGAGGUUGUUCGCCACGUCGAUGCUGCGCACAAACCCGAGUGUGGCCGGGCUCGCUACCAGCCUCAGGUUGCUACUCUCGAUCAGACUGCGCACCCCAUCGUGUACGCCGACGACCACACUCGCUACGUCUCGCAUACCGAUACCGACGCCGACGCCAUCACGGACGCAGCUCCGUACGACACCUACUCGGACUCGGAGCUCGACAGCAGCAGUUGCGAGGGCGACGGUUCGUUCUCGCCAUCCGAUGCUCCUGACGGCUUGAUUGAGGGUCAUUCGUCGGACAAUGUCGACUGGUCACGCCAUCCUAUCGCGAGGCCCGCCGACGGCCGACUGGAACACCGUGACGUCUCGAACCACACGAGCAUGAGCGAUGUUCACGCACCUCAGAGACCAUGCCUCGGUGUCGACAUCCCUGCGGCUGCGGCUGCGGCUGCGGCUGUAGUGUCUCCCAUUCGUUCCAUGCACAGCUCGACCUGGAUGGACGAGCGCGAAGGCUGUUCGGACGACUGCUCGAGUCGCAGCGGCAGCGGCGAGUCGCGACGCAGUUCGGCAUCCUACACGGGCUUGCCACCUACACCUCAAUUUGUGGCUCACAGCGUCGAAGAGACCAUCAUCACUAGGAACGGCGUCGACUUUUCACCGACACGGGCCAGCAAGCGUGCCCACCCCAACACUGGAUGUGGUGACUACGGCGCAGACACGAUCGGCGCCAUCGUCGGCAAGACAUCGACGCGAGGUCUGCCUGCCCGCUGGCUGCAGAGCCGUUGGGAGCAGGACGUGGACGUGGGCGCGGAGGCGGAUGCGCUUGCUGGGCUAGCUCAUCCUGCCACGGCCGCCGCUGCGGCCGCUGCUGCUGCUGCUGCCAAACACCAAGAUGCGCAGGCUUCUCUGGCUGGCUGGGCGCGUGAAGGUGAUCAGCGCCAGUUUGCCAGUGUGCCAAGCAGGCGCUAUGAGCAUGCGCAGGCGAGACAUCAGUCAAGCACUCGCGGUGCCAUUCCGUCGUACCGUAGCCAUGCCUCACUCGCAGCUGCUCAGCAGUAUGUAGCUGAUGCCGCACGUUACACUCGACACCCAUAG